CUAUCUUCAGAAACGCCAAUUUGAUGUUGUUAUGACGUUUCUGUCUUAAGUUGAAGCGAUUAAUUCUUAGUAUUUUUGUUCAAAACUUGUGAUAUUUUAUAAAAAAUGGCUUCUGGAACGAUGUCAAAUAAUGUCGAAAACCUUUCCCCACAAAUUAUAAGGGGGGUUGUUCGGGAAAUGCAGGAACUAGUCACAAAUCCUCCGGAAGGCAUUAAAACGCAAAUAAAUGAGGAGGAUGUUACAGAUAUCCAGGCGUAUAUUGAGGGCCCAGCAGGAACUCCCUAUAUGGGGGGCAUGUUUAGGGUUAAGUUAACCUUGGGCAAAGGUUUUCCACAGGAGCCACCCAAGGCAUUCUUUUUGACAAAAAUUUUCCACCCAAAUGUUGCUUCCAAUGGGGAGAUUUGUGUGAAUACCCUUAAAAAAGACUGGAAGUCAGAUCUCGGAAUCAAACAUAUACUUUUGACCAUUAAAUGUCUUUUAAUUGUACCAAAUGCAGAGUCCGCUCUAAAUGAAGAGGCUGGUAAACUUCUUUUAGAGCAUUAUGAUGAUUAUUCUUCGAGAGCAAAAAUGAUGACUGAAAUCCAUGCACAACCCCAUAAAAGUAGUAAGGGUGCACCUGGGGACGGUCCUUUGGCCAAGAAACACGCCGGUGACAAAAACAAGAAUAUAUCGGCAGAGAAAAAGAAGCUUUUAAAAGAGAAAAAGAGAACUUUGAAAAGAUUAUAAGAGCUUUCCAUUUUAACUAUUUUUAUAUUUUUUUAAUAUUUCAUAUUUUCAAUAAAUGUUAUGUACAUGAUUUUUUAAUUUUAUAGCUAAGAGAUGUUUUAAUUUAUUUCACAUAUCAUUUUUU